AUGCCUUUGCCUUUCGUGUUUCCUGCAUCUGAGGGCCCAGGGCGCCUGACAGAGAUUGCCAGCUUUAAGAAAGCGCCGGUAGACUCCUCUCGACUUCAAAAUGUCAUCACCUCCGCUAUGCAGGCAACUUCAACAUUUCCCGCUUUCCGACAAUGUCGCCUUGGAGAUUCGGUCACAGACAAUGGCAACACUGUGCUGAUUUUUGACUGGACUUCGGCGGUUGAGAAAAAAGAGUUUGAAGAAGACCCCAACAAUGCGUCAUUGAAGUCCGCAAUGGCUUCUUGGGCAGAGAUUAUCGAUGAGAAAAACCCGUCAAUGAUCCGCUACCAUAUCACCUUGCUCGGGUCAUCGGUCACUCCUCAAUGCGGGUAUUAUGAGGUCGCAGUACUAACUAUAGACCCUUCUCAGCACGAAGUAUUCGCAGCCAGCAUGGAGAAAUACAGCAAUGGAAUUGGCGACAAGGUCUUCAACUACCUAGCCGUUGCCGUUUCGGACGAAAAUCCGGAGAAGCUUGUCAUUAUAAUGGGUUAUCCGAAUACAGCGAGUGCAGAACACGCGGACAAGAGCGAUCAACAUAAAGAGGCAAAGAAGGUCAACGAUCCUUUGGUCAAAGACUGGUGGAAGAGCGGAUCACACAUGGAACAAGUUUUUAAACGAGCAUAG